CAAGUCUGUCGGUGUGGCUGCGGAAGACAACUGAGCACAACCAGCACCGAGUGAUUAUUUCAGCCCACAGCUGCAAACUUAGCCAACAGUGUGUGUUUGAAACAUUUCCCGGUCCGUCGCUUCGUGUCUGCUCUCUUACCCAGCUGCUUUCUACACACUUUAACUCGCGCUGCUCAAAUUGUCGGCAGAACAAAUAACGGAGAGAACAUAUAAAGCGAGAUAACGGACACGGUUCGGGUGACAUGUAUGGAUGUUGUUUGUGUGUGUUUUGAGGAGGAGGGUGUUCAACACAGAGCUGUAGUUUCUCUUCAAGAGGCGAGGAAUGCAAUCUGAGCAUCAAUGUUUCACUGGGGCAAGUGGAAGAAGAGGAUGGGAGCCAAUAGUUCUUCAAAGAGGCCAGUUUUCGACGAAAAGGAGGAUGUAAACUUUGACCACUUCCAGAUAUUGCGUGCCAUUGGAAAGGGGAGCUUUGGGAAGGUAUGCAUUGUGCAAAAGAGGGACACUGAGAAGAUGUACGCCAUGAAGUAUAUGAACAAACAACAGUGCAUAGAGAGAGAUGAGGUCCGAAACGUCUUUAGAGAGCUUGAGAUCCUACAGGAAAUUGAACAUGUUUUUUUAGUAAAUCUCUGGUACUCGUUCCAGGAUGAGGAGGACAUGUUCAUGGUGGUGGACCUCCUGCUGGGAGGAGACCUGCGCUACCACCUGCAGCAGAAUGUCCAGUUCAGCGAGGAUGCCGUCAAACUCUACCUCUGUGAGAUGACGCUGGCACUGGACUACCUGCAGAGCCAGCACAUCAUCCAUAGAGAUGUAAAGCCAGACAAUAUCCUAUUAGAUGAGCAAGGUAAGGAUAUAAUCCAUUUGCUAUGUGUAUGGGUCCAGUUCCGCAUGAUCUGGCGUAUGGAGUCUUAA